UUGCUCCAAUACACUUGCCCGCUGUCAAGCAGAAUCAGGAUUGCUUGAACUUGGGCAUUCUGAUAGAUGAAGCCAACCAUGACGAAAGCCAGCAGCAUGAGUGAGGAGCCAGUGCAGGCCAGGGAUGUAGGUGGCAUCCAAAGUGGAUCCUGUACACCUUGCAUUUUCUGGGUCUCAGCUCGUGGUUGCGCCAGGGCGAACUGUGAUUUUGCCCAUCUUCGACAUCAUCCGAAGCCGGAAGACUAUGUGCGCCCAAGGAGGGCCAAGCGCGAUGCAAUGAAGCAGACAAUUUUUGAGCACUUCCUAGUGCCAGAUGAAGAUGACAGGCACAGGCUCUUGCAGGAGGAGGAGCCAGGCUGGAAGACGCAGCCGGUGAUGAAGAGAGCCAAAGCCUCGGAGGCAGAAAGGACUGUGCCGAUUACCCACAUAAACCACCAAGCAUUGUCAAAUACCCUUUAAGGGGCAGCAGAAAGAUGAUGCUUCACCAACAGCCAACAACAAGUUUAGUUGUAGUGGGUGGCACGGUGAUUUACUCAAAUCAGCCUUUCUGCCCGGACUUCACCGAGCUUUGUGGACACCUGGUCCUCCAAAUCCCAAACGAAUCAAGAUCCUGUGGUGUGUCGUGACCUGUCCAAAUGGCAGGGUUUUGUUGCGCAGUGCAAGCAACUGGCUGAUGCAUUCAACACCGCCACCGCUAAACAC